AAGGAGUACGCGAACGCAGUCACGAGCGCAAUUUAAGCCGUGGCCUCAGAUCUCAUUCCCGGAUUGAAACUAGUCCACGGAAACAAGUUAAGGACGCUGAUUCGGCCACCAACACCGUUACUGAUGCAUUUGUGUAUGUCUCAGACGUCGACACUACGAAAAUUCCCACCCAAUGGAACAAGGCGGAGCUCUAGUUGGAGUUCAAGAGAGAUUCCUCCUAUUACGGUUUCAAGGAUGACAAGCCUCGUGAAUGGGUGGUAAUGACACAAUCAUCAAAUAAUUAUCGUGGUCAGCUUGCGUGAUACGCUGGGGAGACCAUGAAUGCGCAGCAUCGACGACACUUGUUCACACUUAGUCUUGGGCCAGACGGUGUUCGGUUCUUCAAGUGGGAGAGGACUUAUACGAUCGUAUCGCGUGCUUUUAAUCUUUCGACAGAAGGCAAAUACCUCGUCGAAUUUCUGUAUCGGUUUUCAGCUCUCACGGACAGCGAUCGAGGGAAAGACGACACAGUGACCCUAGCCACAGAGGAUGAAAUAUCUCUGGCAAAACCGCUCUUGAAGCCCUGGAUUCACUCGGACGACAAGGAUCGGCGUUCAUUUGUGAAGAUUAGGGUACCUGAUGGAGACAGCGAAAGGGAGGUCCUUGCCGGUCCUGCCAUUGCUACGCCACAUAGCAUUUCGGGUAGAGCGACGUUGGGUCUUCCUGUAUACGAUAUGAAGACCCAGAGUCUCCAGUUCCUCAAAGAUAGCUGGCGGGAUGUCGAACUCCCUGAGGAAUCCGCGAUGCUGCAGACUCUGAAUGAGGCUGGCGUCCGCAACGUUCCUACUUUUGUCUGCGGUGGUGUGGUUUCUGGUCAGGAAACUACCUCCCAUAAGUAUCUCGACAAAGACAGGAACCUUGGGCCGCGUCUGCCGAUCACUUGUGUCCGAGUACACCAACGAACACUGACUGAAGAAGUUGGACAACCUUUGAAGCGGUUCAAGUCGUCGAGGCAGCUUACGAGAGUGGUCUACGAAGCUUUUUUAGCUCAUGAAGACGCCUACACGUUAUGCCAAAUUCUUCAUCGUGAUGUCAGCGGUGGGAAUAUCUUGAUUGUAUACGAUGACAAAGCGUCAAAGGAUAACCGUGAUGGAGGAGGUCGUGGCUUGUUGAACGACUGGGAUAUGGCGUUACACACGGACCGCUUAGAAAAGGCAGCACGACAGGCUGAGCGUACAGGCACAUGGCAAUUUAUGUCCAUCGGGCUUCUCAGAGAUAGAACAAAGAUUCAUGAACUUCAAGACGAUUUCGAAUCUUUCGUAUAUGUCAUGCUCUACCACGGCCUCCGCUACUUGCGCCACAGCAAAGUCGGCUCCGGUCUCCAGUUCACCAUGGACCGCAUCUUUGACAGCAUCGUUGACAAUGGUGAUGGGACGUGGAGUGGCGGUGACGCGAAGACCUCCUUGGCAUAUGAAAUGGGUCCUCUGGGUGUCGAUUUUCGGUUUGAUAGUAUCCCUCUCACUGCAUGGAUACACCGGGCACUUGCAGGCAUCGGUGAAUGGCGCCACUCUUUAACUCAGAAGGCGCUGUUCAAAGCACUUGGAGGUGCCCCACCCAUUACAAAUCCCUCGGCCUUGCUGUUCCGUGAUCACACAGAGUUGAAAGGACUCUGGAAGUGGGCCCUUGACAUGGAUAGUUGGCCGUCAAAUGACCAGGCCAGAUAUCAGCUCGAACCCACUGGUACGAAGCGGAACCGCGAGGACGACCCCCAGCCGACACAGAAGAGGCAGAAGUCAGGACGUUCCGCAGCUCGAGCAUAGGCCUCGAUACCUUGUUUGGGUAAACAUUUCCGGACAUGGGCGAUCAUCGUAGUUCACCGUGCUCUUAACAUGUCUGGUGAUGUAUCUUAGAGCAACGCCCUCUGGUACCUUUGCAAUGUCUAUCUUCCA